UCCGUAUCAUCGAUCACCCUCAACGACCAGACAUCUGUCUUCUGACCCGUGAUCCCUAGUCGUGAGGUCCUCCCGCAACUCCCUCCAACCCACACCACACCCGCUUCCAACCUCCUCGCAAACAUGUCCGGCGCAGCAAACCCCAAGGCCUUUCCCCUGGCCGAUGCCUCUCUCACCUCCCAGAUCCUCGACCUGGUCCAACAAGCUUCUCACUACAAGCAGCUCAAAAAGGGAGCCAACGAAGCCACCAAGACGCUGAAUCGCGGUAUCUGCGAGUUCAUCAUCAUGACCGCAGACGUUGAGCCCAUCGAGAUUGUACUGCAUCUCCCUCUCCUCUGCGAGGACAAGAAUGUGCCUUACGUCUUUGUGCCAUCCAAGACGGCUUUGGGUAGGGCCUGCGGUGUGAGCAGGCCUGUUGUGGCGGCUAGUGUUACGACGAAUGAAAACAGGGAGUUGCAGGGACAGAUCACUACGAUCAAGAACGCGAUCGAGCGUCUUCUCAUCUAGAUGGAUUCUCCAGCAGCGUGGGCGUUUGCAGUCUGACUUGGAGAAGCGGCGGGAAAAGGGCGUGGAUGGCAAGGAGCGGUAGAGGGCUCGUUGUCGGUUGUCUUGACAGGCUCAGUAAUGGCCACAGCUCAUUCAUGCCGACCUUCUCCGAGCUUGGUUCGUGUUGAUUGAUGUCAUCGAUUAGGGAAGGAAGUCUACAUUCGCUGCUACAUGCUGUUCACCCCUGGCCCCUUUUCGAAUUCCUCUUCCUUUCCUUCAUCACCCUGUCAGAGACGAUCUGGCUCUCGCCUCCUACAUGCGCUGCAGCGGCGACAGGGUGAGCAACUCCAAAGCCGCGGCCAGUACGACCCUAGUCGAGUCAAACAGGUACAGCCUCGCCAUAGCGGUAUCCCUCUCUGCUCCCUUGACAAUAAG